AUGAGUUUUGGCAGUCCCGGUGGUCGUUCUGUCAAUUACAAACCCAAACCGCCAGAGCGUGGAAGUUUUCCGCUUGAUCAUGACGGAGAAUGCAAAUUUAUCAUUUCAUCGUAUCUUCAAUGCUUGAAGAAAGGAGGUGGUGUGAAUGAUGAGACUUGCCGCAAGUUAGCCAAGUCCUAUUUGUCCUGUCGCAUGGAUCACAAUUUAAUGGCUCCAGAGCGCUUUGAGAAUCUGGGGCUUGUAUUUGACGAAGACAAGAAGAAAAGGGAGGAAGCCAGUGCCUCUACCACAGCAGCUUCUGAGAGCGAGAAACCAUCUACAUGA